UCCCCCCUGCAGCAGGUGACGGAGUCCGGCUAGCCUCCUGUCAGCUCGCUGUUACCUUCGGAUCGGUGAUUGAUCAGUUAUUGGGGCUCCCAUAGGAUCGUCGAACCAUUCCCUUCCUUCUCUCAGUGUCUCUUCGGUUCCAGGCAGGAAGAUGCUCCGUGCCCGGGUGCUCCUGGGUCCGUCCUGGAGGGGGUUUAAAACGUUUCCUCGGGCGGCGGUGGAGGUGAAGAAUGAACCCAUUCUUGGCUUUCAGAAGGGGAGUCCAGAACGGGCCGAGCUGCAGAAGGCUCUGGACAGCCUGAAGGGGAAGACGGAGGAGAUCCCCUGUGUGGUCGGAGAUGAACACGUUUGGACCAGAGACAUCAGAUACCAGCUGUCUCCCUUCAACCACUCACAAAAGGUGGCAAAGUUCUGUUAUGCCGACAAGGAUCUGAUCAACAAGGCCAUCCAGGCCUCAGUGGCAGCGCGGAAGGAGUGGGACCUGAAGCCCGUCCAGGACCGGGCGCAGAUUCUGUUCAAGGCCGCCGAUGUCAUCAGUGGACCCAAGAGGGCAGAGAUUGUGGCCAAGACCAUGAUUGGACAGGGUAAAACGGUGGUUCAGGCAGAGAUCGACGCCGCCGCUGAGCUCAUCGACUUCUUCAGGUUCAACGCCAAACACGCCAUCGAGUUGGAGUCCCAGCAGCCAAUCAGCACGAAGGAGAGCACGAACACGGCUCUCUACCGAGGGCUGGAGGGCUUCAUAGCAGCCGUGGCCCCGUUUAACUUCACGGCCAUCGGCGGGAACCUGGCGGGGACUCCUGCUAUCAUGGGUAACGUGGUGUUGUGGAAGCCCAGUGACACGGCCGUGUCUGCGAGCUACGCGGUCUACAGAGUCCUGCGGGAGUGCGGUCUGCCCCCCAACAUCAUCCAGUUCCUGCCCGCCGACGGCCCCGUGUUUGGAGACACAGUCACCUCCUCCGAGCACCUGGCGGGGAUCAACUUCACCGGCAGCGUGCCGACCUUCAAGCGUCUGUGGAAACAAGUGGCCCAGAACCUGGACGUCUACAGGACGUUUCCCCGCCUGGCUGGAGAGUGCGGGGGGAAGAACUUCCACUUCGUGCACUCGUCUGCAGACAUCCAAAGCGUGGUGAUGGGGACCAUCCGCUCGGCCUUUGAGUACGGAGGCCAGAAGUGCUCUGCGUGCUCCAGGCUGUACGUUCCUGACAGCACGUGGCCGCAGAUCAGAGACCAGCUGCUGGAUGUGCAAAAGAAGAUCCGAGUGGGAGAUCCGGUGGAGGACUUCAGCACCUAUUUCUCUGCUGUCAUAGAUGAUAAGUCCUUCGCUCGCAUCAAGAGAUGGUUGGACCACGCCAAGUCCUCUCCGAACCUCAGCAUCAUCGCAGGAGGAAACUGUGAUGACAGCAAAGGUUACUUUGUGGAGCCGACCAUCAUCGUGACCAAAGACCCUCAGGACCCCAUCAUGAAUGAGGAGAUCUUUGGGCCUGUCCUCACUGUCUACGUCUAUCCAGAGAAGAACUACCAGGAGGUUCUGAGGCUGGUUGACAGCACAUCACCCUACGCCCUUACCGGAUCCGUGUUCGCCAAGGAUCAGAAGGUGAUCGAUGAGGCCGCCAGAGUCCUGAGGAACGCUGCAGGGAAUUAUUACGUGAACGAUAAAUCUACGGGAUCCGUUGUGGCUCAGCAGCCGUUUGGAGGAGCCAGAGCUUCAGGUACCAAUGACAAACCUGGAGGUCCUCACUACGUCCUGAGAUGGACAUCUCCUCGGGUGGUGAAGCAGACUCAUGUCCCCCUCACAGAGUGGAAGUAUCCAUACAUGGGCUGAGGUCCCACUUGUCCGUCCACUGGUCUACAUCUGUCCUCUUCAUCCAUCCUUCUGUCUACAUGUCCAUCAUAUCUGUCUGUCUCCCGGUGACUCCUUCCGUCACCUGAAACAGACCUCCGUUGUCCUUUGUUUCCUUCUGUCGCACUGAAGCUGGUCGAGUUUGUCCAUCAGACGGAGCAGGAAGAUGUCCUCUGAGAAACUUCUCUUUGUCCCACUCAGAUUUUCUAAAGCAUUUGAUCCGUCCGGAGAAAAGUGUUAGUUUCUGAACUAAGCGAGUGGCUGAUACCUGGAUCAGAUCAGAACCACUGAUGGACUUUUUUUAUUUCAAUUAUUCAACCUGAUGCUUAGUGGAAACUAACAAGACUUUGAUCAGUCAGCAAUAACGGAAGCAGAGACCCGUCCGAGCAGAACCGGAUCCUGCUGGAGAACGUUCUGCAUCAAUAAGUGAUAAGGAACUAAAUGUUAUGAGGCUGUAAAUCUUUGAGCAGAUAGUGAAUGAGGUGUGCGUGUGUGUCUGGAUGAGGCGUUCAUCAGUUAGUAAGCAGAAGAUCUCUCUGCUCCGUGUUUCUUCCCAUUUAUGGAGGCGUUUCCUCACAGAUCUUGAUGUGAGCACCUGAACCUGUGUGCCUCAGUAACUCUGUACAUUUAGGUCAAUCACAUUGGAUAAUAAAUACUUUCUCAACA